AACAAAUUUAUCGCAAGACAAAGGAAAAUUAUCUUAAACUUCUAAUUAUUUAAUUCUAUUCGUACUUUUAGCUAAUGAAGAGAUAUGGAUUAUAUGGAAUAUCUGACAUAUGAUAGCGGAGACUCGGAUUACGAUCAGUUACCAACAGAAAAUGGCCCGAUUUAUAUUUUGGGAAAGUGUUACAACAAUCCCAAACAAGAAAUGGAGGUAAUACGCGGAGAUAUUCAGUCAAAAAUAUGGUGCACUUAUCGAAGGGGAUUUGUUCCCAUCGGUUCGCCACAAUUGACUUCUGAUAAAGGAUGGGGUUGUAUGUUGAGAUGCGGACAGAUGGUGCUUGCACAAGCACUUGUUGCUUUACAUUUGGGGCGUGAUUGGAUUUGGACACGAGAAACAAGAGAUCCAACAUAUUUAAAGAUUAUCGAAAUGUUCGAAGACAAUCGUAAAUCUCCUUUUUCGAUACACCAAAUAGCAUUAAUGGGCAAUUCAGAAGACAAGAAAGUUGGCGAAUGGUUUGGACCAAACACAAUUGCGCAAGUUUUAAAAAAAUUGGUAAAAUACGAUGAUUGGGGCUCAAUUGAUAUUCAUGUUGCCUUGGAUAAUGUAGUUGUGACGGAAGAGAUAUUGGAAUUGUGUGAAGUUGAGAAACAAAUUUGGAAACCAGUGUUGCUCAUUAUACCUUUGCGUCUCGGCUUAACAGAUAUCAAUCCAAUUUACAUCCCGGGAUUGAAAAAAUGCUUUGAACUUCCCGGAAAUGUUGGCAUGAUUGGAGGACGACCAAAUCAAGCUCUUUAUUUCAUUGGAUAUGUAGAAAAUGAGGCGCUUUUCCUUGAUCCACACACAGCUCAACGUUGCGGGUCUGUAGGCAAUAAAUCGAACGAAGAAGAGAUCGAAAUGGAUGAAACGUUUCAUCAACGUUUCGUAAACCGUAUUGACUUUAAACACAUGGAUCCCAGUUUAGCUGUAUGUUUUCUCUGUACGAACCGACAAGAGUUUGAUGCGUUAAUUGAACGAUUUCAACGCGAACUCAUCGAUUCCGAUAUUCAACCAUUGUUUGAAGUUUCCAAAAGACGUCCUCAGGAAUGGCAAUCGUAUCACAGCAGCAUAGAUGGAUCUGAAAAAGCAACCAACGCAGGUGAGUUACUGUGCUUUCCUGAUGCAUCUAUUGUCUUCACUGACAUGUGCAAUGAAGAGUUUGAAAAUUUGGAGCCAAAUCCAUCAGAUGAUGAAUUUGAGAUUAUUGUUUAGCAUUAGAGAAUGUAUCGUACCAGAAAGCUGAUAAUUUUACAGCACAAAGACAAAGAGAGGAAACUUGUUCAUAUUUACAAAAUACAGAAAAUUUCAGAACAAAAUAUUAAGAAUUCUUUUUAUUUUUAUUGCAAUGUAAAUAAAAGUACUUUUUAA